UUUGUUGUGCAACAUACAAUCAAUUUUAAAUCGCAUUUAUAUUCAGUUAGUAAACGUUCCACUCUUGAGUCAAAAAAACACUAAAAAAAAAUCAGUUUAAAAUCGACAAAUGAUCAAUAAUAAUGGCCGGUCACAGUAAUUCUGCUAAAAUAUUUGAUGAACUGUCUUCAGGUCGAUCUGUUGAGAUCAUAGAACCAGAUAACCCUAAACAAAUUGGAAAUGUUCCAACUGAGAACACCGAUCAUUUGUUCAAAGGUCUGAAUGCAAACACUUAUGCCUCGAAAAAAUCGUUUGCGCAGGGUAUGCUUGAUCUAGCACUUAUUUCGUCAAAUGCCGCACAACUGAAAUACAUUCUGACAGCUGGACCGGACCAUCAAUUUUAUACUCUUUUAUUAAGUCUUGUGCUACUGUCGUUGUGCUUACAAAUACUUCAAGCAGUUCUCUGUUUGGUGCUUGGUUUGAUCUUCGACCUGAAUAAAGUGGAUGAGCAACGCAGUGCGAACAUUUGCAAUAACAUUGGAGUAUGUUUAGUCGUGGUGAUUGUUGUGAUUAAUGUUAUUAUAACUGGAUUCAAUUUUAAAUCCGAUUAAAAUCAGAAUGUUGAUGAAAAUACUCGUUAAAAAAGACACAUGAGAGAGUUUAUGUGUAUCGCAAAGUUGUUACCGAAUUACGAACCAGCACCCAACCCAUUCUGGUUUACUGCCUGUUGAUUACCCAUGUAAUGGAUAAUUUUCGCAAAGAGCGAAUUGCUAUGUAAUAGUUAACUUUCCCAAAGGGCAGGCAGUAAAAUGUAAUGUUAGUUUUAAUAGUGGUUUUCACAUCAAAGUAAAGAAAUGUUUCCUGUUCCAAAUCUUACGCGAUAUUUUUUAAAUUCAUUUAAUUCAUAGAAUUUAAUAAAAUCGAACUAAAGGCAAUUAACAGAAGCGAUAACUGUGGCAACGUUCCAGAACCAGUGUAAUUUUUCCGCACAAUUUCGUUGAUAGUAGCAGCUAGUCGUACUCCGCUCUGAAUUAGCCGUAAUUCAAUCGUAUCGAUUCGUGUAUUGUAAUAGGUUUCGCUGAUAUUAAAACCUGUCUGGGAUGUUAUCUGUUGAUAUAACUCAUCCCGAUAAACGAUUUCACAACAUAAUUCAGCAUCUUCUUGGAUCCACAUCGACGAGCAUGCCAUAUA